UGCACGCCAACUGUUCCCCGAGUCGGAUCGAGGAUCGUUGCCCGGCAUAGUCGGCCAGUCAGCUGUACGAUACGGUUGAAGUAGGUAAACUUCCCCCGCACGUGCGACACCACAGUUGGCUGGGCACUCGCUCGGUAUAGUGUUGUCAACGCGAGUUGCAAGCUCCUAUCGAGAGCCAAGUUUUCAGUGCUUCUUCGGAAAACUCGUGCUCGGGGAAUUUAAAUUUUGACAGCAGUGUUUGUCAUUUUUUUUUCUCAAAUAAUCCUAUCGUAGCUCGAGUUUGUUGUAAAAAGAAAAGAAAAUUAUUUUCGUUUUCAUUGUGUGGUGUGAGUGAUAAAAAAAAAAUAGACCACGCAACAGUAAGCGGUAAUGUUCUCCUGAGGCUCCCGCGAGUGUGAUGGAUUCACCAAACAUGUACGACACGCAAGCUCAUCAAAUGGGCCAACAGCAGCAGCAGCCCGCCAUCGAGUUGAAAAAAUCGAACCAGCUGAUCGGUGAUCAGGCCAAUCACAACAGCACGCACAACAAUGCCAACAACAACGACAACAGUGGCAACAACAACAACAACAACAACAACAACAACAACAACUCGAGCCUUCAGGUGAACCACAAUCAACACCAGGGUCCGAAUGGCGUGAGUAAAGUGUCAGCCUCGAAGGCGAGCGUGCAUCAACAGUAUGCGGAGCAUUGCGCCAACACGGCCGGUGAGCUGACGGAUUUGAAUAAUCCAGAGAUCUCGCUGGAUCUCGAGCGCUUGAUCGACGACUCGCAGUUCAGCGAUGGUCUCCUCGACAUGUUGAACAACGGCGCCGGCCAGCAGCAACACCACCAGCACCAUCAGCACCAACAGCAGCAGCUCAAGCAGGCUCGACUGCCCGGGACCAAUGGCUACCCCCGGUCGACGACCCUCGCGUACAUGCCCCAACCGGUGCACAGCGCGGCGAGCUACCACCAGGGCAGCAACAGUUGCACCGACAGCAACAGCAACUCGAGCAGCGAGUCGCCGAGCAUAAAGGAGGAGCCGCUCGACCCCGCCGAUUAUCGCCGGCACUGUCAGCAGUACGCCCCGGGUGCCUACAACCCUGCCGCCGCCAACGUGCCGGGGCCAUUUUCCGGUGCCACGACCGGCCCGACUUUUACCACCCUGACCCCAACUACGGUGCCCGGACACCCCGUCGUCGCCGCGAUUCACCAGCAACAGCCGCAGCAGCAGGCCAACAACGGCCAACAGCCGGUCCGGGGGGGCCUCAAAGUGGCCUCGGCCGUCGGGGUGGGUCUGGCGCACCAGCUGCAAGCGCACCAGCAGCAACACCACGGCCUGGCCGGGGCUCACGGCCACGGGGGAUCAUCGGGCUCGAGAAAGCAGAACAAAAGCGUCGACAAGGCGAGCGACGAGUACCGCCGGCGCCGGGAACGCAACAACAUAGCGGUGCGCAAAAGCCGCGAGAAGGCGAAAGUGCGCUCGCGCGAAACCGAGGAGCGGGUCAAGCAGCUCGUCAAGGACAACGACAUGCUGCGCAAGAGGGUCGAAAUACUCUCCGAGGAGCUGAACGUCCUGCGCUCGCUCUUCAGUAGCGUAGGCGGCGUGCCCGAGCAGCUUCAGCGGGAGAUCACGAGGCACCUGGACCAGUACCAGCAGCACGUGGCCGGACCACCGAUGUAGCGACGCCGGAAAACAAUAUCAUCUUGACAACGACGACGACGGACAAGUGAUCCCCCGUGUGCUCUAUAUAACCAGCAACAUUGUCAAGUUGU